AUGGGCGAGGAGCUCAGCAGUCAGGACGCUGCUAAGGCGCAGGACAUGGUCGCUGCGCUCAGGGAGGACGAGGGAAGACAGGUGACCUUGCUCCUGCACACGAUCCCCUGGCAAGUCUUGCGCUCGAUCGCGAUGCGUAUGGUAGCCUUCGACUUCUGGAAGAGAGACUCGGACAAUUGCGCGCUCUUGUACGACAAGGAGGGGCCCGGAGUUUACAUUGCUAUCAUUUCCGUGGUCAACCGUCAAGGCACACCAACGUUGGAAUACCUGAACGUCGCAGAAUUGGUAGAGAAAUUCGACAAGAAAAACAAGUUGACAAUGGAAGAGUUGAAACUACGCGAUGAGAAAGAAGAUGACGAAUUUAUAGUUGCUGAAUUGACUCGGGGCACUUAG